AUGCGGUGGAGCGUGGCGGACGUUAAAUUUUCACGACGGGAGACGUCUUCUGCGUCGCCGAGGAGGGAACCUAGUUUGCGCGUAAUGCGCCAAUCUUCAUUCUUGGCACGUGUAGUCCCGAUGGGUAGCGCUAUUGGGCUGCGGUGUAUGAUGGUGCGCUCAGUCUUGGACGGAUUUAUAUGGAGUGACGGUUUGGCCAAAACAGCAGGGGCUUCAGUCUCGAUCACGGUAGCUAUUUCAGCGCUUUGGCAGACGAAGUCGGCGUCGUCGGCGUAA